AUGCCUCAGGGAUCAGUGUCAUUCAAGGAUGUGACUGUGGACUUCACCCAGGAGGAGUGGGAGCAACUGGAUACUGAUCAGAAGGCCCUCUACAGGGAUGUCAUGUUGGAAAACUAUUACCACCUUAUCUCUGUGGGGUUUCACAUGACUAAACCUGAUAUGAUCUGCAAGUUGGAAGAAGGAAAAGAACUGUGGACAACAGAGAGAAUUAUUUCAAGUCAGAGUUAUUUAGAAAAAGAUGGGAAAGCUGAAGAUGUUUUAAUGAAGUUUAAACAGUACCAAGAUAGGCAUUUUAGACCAGUUGUAUUUAGCAACCAUGAAAGACCAAUUAAGGAAAGAAAUAAUAUUUUUGGGAAGACACUUACUGUAGGCAAGAACUAUAUUAUUUCAGAAACAACACUACAUGAAUAUAAACUUGAUGGAAAGGUUUUGAAAAAUAUUUCAGAAUCAGUCAUUAGAAAUAUAAGCCCUGUAAAAGAAAAGUUUGGUGAGAAUAAUGGAUGGGAGAAAUCACUUCUCAGUAAAAAGCAUGUGAAAAUUCAUACUACAGAAAAUCUCUAUAAACAAACGGAAAGGAGUCUGAGUAAUAAACAAGAGCUUAUUAAACAUCAGAAGGUUCAAACUCCCGAGCAAUCAUUUGAACAUGAAUGUGAAAAUUCCUUCCUAAUGAAAGAAAUGUUAUUUACACAUACUGGAACUCAUAGAAAAGAAAGACUCUUUGAAUAUAAUAAAGAUGGAAUGCCUUUCAUUGAAAAGUCAAAUCCCAGUGUCCAUCCACAGAAUUAUAUGGAGAAGAAGGCCCAUGCAUAUAGCAAAUAUGGGAAUUUCCUCUGCAGGAAGUCCAUUUUUAUUAUACAUCAGAGAUCUGAAACAGAAGAGAAACCCUUUCAUUGUUCUUAUUGUGGGAAUAGCUUUAGAAGGAAGUCAUAUCUCAUUGAGCAUCAGCGAAUUCACACAGGUGAGAAACCUUAUGUUUGCAGUCAAUGUGGAAAAGCCUUCCGUCAAAAGACAGCUCUCACUCUUCAUGAGAAAACACAUGUCGAGGGGAAACCCUACAUUUGUAUGGAUUGUGGGAAAUCCUUCCGCCAGAAGGCAACCCUCACCAGGCAUCACAAAAUACAUACAGGGGAGAAAGCCUAUGAUUGUACUCAGUGUGGAAGUGCUUUUAGAAAGAAGUCAUACCUCAUUGAUCAUCAGAGAACUCACACAGGAGAGAAACCAUAUCAAUGUAAUGAAUGUGGGAAGGCAUUUAUCCAGAAGACAACCCUCACUGUACACCAAAGAACUCACACAGGAGAGAAACCCUAUAUUUGUAAUGAAUGUGGAAAGUCCUUCUGUCAAAAGACAACUCUCACUCUCCAUCAAAGAAUUCAUACAGGGGAGAAACCUUAUAGUUGUAGUGAAUGUGGGAAGUCCUUUCGUCAGAAGGCAAUCCUCACUGUUCAUCAGAGAAUACAUACAGGAGAGAAAUCCAAUCAAUGUCUUCAGUGUGGGAAAGCCUUUAGUAGGAAAUCAAACCUCAUUCGCCAUCAAAAAACUCACAUUGGAGAGAAAUUGUAUGAAUGUAAAGAAUGUAGUAAGUUCUUCAGUUGUAAGUCAAACCUCAUUGGCCAUCAGAAAACUCACAAAGUAGAAAUCAUUGGAAUAUAG